UCUGUGUUGGGAUGAAUACGUGUAGCUCACCAACUAGCUGCAGCUAGCUUGUCAGUCGAGACAGCUAGUACAUAUUGACUGUCACAAGGAUAGCUUUUCUUUACGUGUAUACAGCAAAGAAGCGAACGUACAUUCAUUGAACAUUUGAAAACGCUACGGACUGAUCCGUUGUCGAAGUUAAUAUGCUGUAACAGAAUGGAAUUACCAGAAACAACUUGUUUGGAGUGGUACUGCAUAAGGACACAGCUCUGUUUCAGCCUUCAGAACAAGGAGCCACACACUUCCAUGUGUCACAGGAAGUCCCUUACUCUCUAGAAACUGCAAAUUGCACCAAAAGAGAGACACUCAAAGGACAGACAUGUUUGCCAAGUUGAAGAAGAAGAUCGCAGAGGAGGCGGCCACAGCACCUCGGAGUGGUGUUCGGAUACCGCGCACCAUCAGCAAGGAAUCCAUCACCUCAGUAGGGGCAGACUCAGGGGAUGACUUUGCAUCUGAUGGCAGCAGCUCCAGGGACGACCUGCCUGCACAGCUUCUCAGGAGGAAUGAUCUGAUCCGCAAGCUGGAGGCCAAGCUAUCAGACUACGCUGAGCAGCUACGAAUUAUGCAGAAGACCAAGGACAAGCUUGAAAUUGCAUUAGAAAUGCAACAGGAUUCUUCCAUAAAGAAACUUCAAGACCAGAACGAGACUCACCAGACCAGCAGAGCCAAAAUGGCAGAGGGGAUGGCUCUAGCUCUGGAGAAGAAGGAUGAGGAAUGGAUUGAGAAGAUGACUGAUUUGGAAAAGGAGAAAGCUGCCCUGUCAGCCCGGCUAGAGGAGAUGAUGGAGCAAAGCUUAGCACUCUUCCAGAAAAGGGAUGACCUGGAUGAACUGGAGGGCUUUCAGCAGCAGGAGCUCGCUAAAGUUAAACACAUGGUGCGUACAUGUGAGCUGGAUGUUUGGAUUUACAGCAGAAAAAUAUUCAUGACAUUUAAAUCAUGCAGCAUUAGCAAAAUACUUCAAACUAGCAGGCUGUGA